CUGAGGCGCAGGGAAGCCUCCCCCCUGUGCAACCUCAGCGCCGGGCGCUGGCUCUCCAGCUGUUUGUAGGCCUGGGGGUAAGGGUCCGCGGAAGGUAGAGCCGGCAGCGGCCCCGGCCGCUCGCCCGCCGGCUCCCGCUACCCCCGCGCUCCCGCUGGGGCCGACCCCGGUGCGGCUGCCCGCGCUUCUGACUGACAGGCAGCGUUCCCCACAACCCGCACUGCCCGCCACGUCCCCGUCUCGCUGACGGCACUGCGUGGCUGGUGACCUUUCCGAGCCCAGUACCAUGACGGUUCCCUGCGCCCAGCUGGCGCGGCUUCCUGGGCGCCUCCGGCUGCGGCUCGUGCCGUCCCCGCCGCUGCCACCGUGGCUGUGGCUGCUGCUGCUGGCGGCCGUGGGGCCGGCGCGCGGCUGGGAGAGCGGAGACCUGGAGUUGUUUGACUUGGUGGAGGAGGUGCAGCUCAACUUCUACCAGUUCCUCGGGGUGCAGCAGGAUGCUUCAUCUGCAGACAUCAGAAAAGCAUAUCGUAAGCUUUCACUAACUUUACAUCCAGACAAGAAUAAAGAUGAAAAUGCAGAAACUCAGUUUAGACAAUUGGUGGCCAUUUAUGAAGUUUUAAAGGAUGGUGAACGAAGGCAGAGGUAUGAUGAUAUUCUGAUCAAUGGACUUCCAGAUUGGCGACAGCCUGUAUUCUACUACAGGCGGGUGAGAAAAAUGAGCAAUGCUGAGCUGGCAUUACUCUUGUUCAUUAUUCUCACAGUGGGUCAUUAUGCUGUGGUUUGGUCAAUCUACCUGGAAAAACAGCUGGAUGAACUGCUUAGUAGAAAAAAGAGAGAAAAGAAAAAAAAGACAGGAGGCAAGAGUGUGGAUGUAUCAAAACUUGGUCCUUCAGAAAAAAAUGAAAGAUUGCUGAUGAAACCACAAUGGCAUGAUUUGCUUCCAUGCAAGCUGGGAAUUUGGUUUUGCCUUACCCUAAAAGCAUUGCCUCAUCUAAUCCAGGAUGCUGGGCAGUUUUAUGCUAAAUAUAAAGAAACAAGAUUGAAGGAAAAGGAAGAUGCAUUAACUAGAACUGAACUUGAAACACUUCAAAAACAGAAGAAAAUUAAAGUUAAAAAACCAAAACCUGAAUUUCCCACAUACGUGCCUUUAGAAAGUACAUAUAUUCAGUCUUAUGAUCAUGGAACUUCUAUAGAAGAAAUUGAGGAACAAAUGGAUGCUUGGCUGGAAAACAGGAGCAGAACACAAAAAAAACAGGCACCUGAAUGGACAGAAGACGACCUCAGCCAGCUGACAAGAAGUAUGGUUAAGUUCCCAGGAGGGACCCCAGGUCGAUGGGAAAAGAUUGCCCAUGAAUUGGGUCGAUCUGUGACAGAUGUGACAACCAAAGUCAAGCAACUGAAGGAUUCAGUUACCUGUUCCCCAGGAAUGGUUAGACUUUCUGAACUCAAAUCAGCAUUUCGGAAUUCCCAGCCCAUCGGGACAGCCGUGGCCUUGCCAGAUGAGCUCAUCACCCAGCGAGAAGAUGCAGUGGCUGCGGUGGAGGAGGACAAGCAGGAAGAGGACACGGGUGAGCAGGAGGCCGUGGGCACAGAAGCCCAGCCUCGGAGGCGGAAGCCGGCCAGGCUGCUUGAGGCGGGAACGAAGGUGGAGACAGAGGAAAAGUUCCGAGGAAGGAGGCAGAAGGACUUUGAUAUAUCCGAACAGAAUGAAUCCAGCGAUGAGGAGAACCAGAAAAAAGAGAGAACACGCACUGCAGAGGAGCCAUGGACUCAAAAUCAGCAGAAACUUCUGGAACUGGCAUUACAGCAGUACCCAAGGGGAUCUUCUGACCGCUGGGACAAAAUAGCCAGAUGUGUCCCAUCUAAGAGUAAGGAAGACUGUAUUGCUAGGUACAAGUUGCUGGUUGAAUUGGUCCAAAAGAAAAAACAAGCUAAAAGCUGAAUAUUCUGGAAGAUGAUGUUCACCUACAUUUUCCAAAAUGCGUAUUUUAAAAAUCUUAUGCAGAAAUUUGCAUUUUGUACCUCAGUAUUUCUAUACGUCAUGUGCCUUAGUAAAAAUAAAUAAAUAAAUAAAUAAAAAAUGCUAUGCUAUAUUGUUUAAAUAAAUAGUGUAUGUGGGGGAGGAUUUUGGUAUUUUGCAGAUUAUUUUAUAUCUAAUCACUGCAAAGUUUACUUUCUUGGAGAACAAAUGAAUAGUACUUUCUAA